CUCGAAUCGAACAUUUCACCAAUAUUGAGAGUCUGUCAUUAAGCAGCGCAUUCUGGCCUUCAUUCAAGUUGGCCCGACGCCCCUCCAGCGCACCCCUCACAAUGACCAUCAGCCUCGACUGAUCCGCGGUCCACAAUGAAUUCCGUCGAUGCCUCGGAGCAUUAUGAACUGGGAGCCACAGACCUGGCCCCAUCCCUCCUCACCGUAAUCAUUGACACAAACCCACACGCCUGGGCCCUCCUCGAAGAUUCCCUCCCACUCUCCAAAGCAGUCGCCAACAUCCUGGUCUUCAUAAACGCCCACCUAGCCUGCAACUACGCAAACGAAGUAGCAGUGGUCGCCUCGCACAGCCAAAAAGCCGCCUGGCUCUACCCGUCCCAAAAUGCCCCGGAUUCCUCUGCAGACCAAGACGGCGACGUCACAAUGAAUGGCAGUACAACCCCCCAAACAAACAAAUACCGCCCCUUCCGCAUCGUCGAAGAGCAAGUCACCCGCAAUUUAAAAGACCUAGUAGACUCCACAACCGGCGAUGACCUCCGCAGCAACAUGUCCACAAUGCUAGCAGGCGCACUCACCCUGGCGUUAAGCAACAUAAACAGACGCACAAUCGCCUGGGCAGAGGAACACGGCGGCGCAAACCUCGAAGACGCAGCCGCAGAAGGAGGAGGUGGCGGCGGCGGCGGAGCAGGCGGAGUAGCCGCCGCACCGAACAGGUACUCCGCAUCCAACGAAGACGAACGCCUCCAAAGCCGGAUCCUGAUCGUGUCCGUGAGCGGGUCUACCGAUUCCGCGCACCAGUACAUCCCCGUUAUGAACAGCAUCUUCGCUUGUCAGCGGUUGCACAUCCCCAUCGAUGUAUGCAAACUUAGCGGGGAUGCGGUGUUCCUGCAGCAGGCGUCGGACGCGACCAAGGGCGUAUAUAUGGCCCUUUCUGAGCCGCGGGGGUUGCUGCAGUAUUUGAUGAUGGCUUUCUUGCCAGAUCAGCGCUCGCGCCGGCAUUUAGUGCUCCCCACGCGGGUGGAUGUUGAUUUCCGUGCUGCCUGCUUUUGUCAUCGGCGGGUUGUGGAUGUUGGGUUCGUGUGUUCGAUUUGUCUUAGUAUUUUCUGUGAACCGCCUCCUGGGGGCGAUUGCAUGACUUGUGGGACGCAUUUGGAUGUUGGGGAUUAUCAUGUUAGGCCGGCUUUGCUGCCGCGGAAGAAAAAGAAGAAGAAGCGUGUUAAUGGGGCGUCUGGGGCUGGGACGCCUAUGUCAACUCCUACGCCCGGUACUUGAUGCUUUCUUUGCUCAGGGUUGAUCUUCUCUUGUUUAAAUUUAUUAGUGCUUGCUUUUUGAUUCCUUUUAUGAUACGUCCCUGGCUGGAUGGUGGCGUUUUUAUGGGCAUCGGGCUGACCAUUAGAAAUAUUACAUAUUAUCAUUUACGGGAG